CAGUGUUCCUACUGAUGAGCUGUCCCUGUCCUGGCAGAUCUUCGUCCGCAGCACCGACUACGACCGGACGCUGAUGAGUGCAGAGGCCAACCUGGCAGGCCUGUAUCCCCCCGAGGGACAGCAGAUCUUCAACCCCAACAUCUCCUGGCAGCCCAUCCCUGUGCACACAGUGCCCGAGGCUGAGGACAGGCUGCUGAAGUUCCCUUUGCCCCGCUGCCCGCGGUACGAACAGCUGCAGAACGAAACGCGGCGCUCCGCAGAGUACGUCAACAAGACCAGAGAGAACUGGCAGUUCCUGCAGAUGGUGGCAAACGAGACCGGGAUCCGGGACGUCUCCCUGGAGUCCGUCUGGAGCGUGUAUGAUACGCUCUUCUGUGAACAAGCACACCAAAUGGAUUUACCUGCAUGGGUGACACCAGAUGUCAUGACUCGGCUGAAGCAACUAAAAGACUUUGGUUUUGAAUUUCUGUUUGGGAUCCACUAUCGGGUAGAAAAAGCUCGUCUGCAAGGCGGGGUCCUGCUGGAUCACAUCAGGAAGAACCUAACCCAAGCAGCGAAUGCUUCUGCCCAUCGGAGCCUGAAAGUGCUCGUCUAUUCAGCACAUGACACCACGCUUGUGGCACUGCAGAUGGCUCUAGAUGUCUACAACAAGAUUCAAGCACCAUAUGCCUCAUGUCAUUUAUUUGAGCUGUACCAAGAGGAUGAUGGGAACUUCUCUGUGGAGAUGUUUUUUCGGAAUGAGAGUGGGAAGGAACCUUUCCCACUGACAAUCCCUGGCUGUCAGCAUAAAUGCCCACUCCAGAGGUUCUUGGAACUCACAGAUCCUGUUGUUCCCCAGGACUGGGAGCAAGAAUGCCAAGUAGCAAGCAGCAUGCACAACACAGAAGUGCUCGUGGGUCUGGCUGUGUGUGGAUCUAUUCUCCUCCUCCUCAUAAUCCUGCUCUUGACUGUACUCUUUCGCAUAAACUCCCAGCCCCCAGGCUACAGGCACGUUUCCAACGAGGGAGAAGAGCAGCCCUGA